UUCUUAUCCCCAAGCUGAAGGUGGCUCUUGGAAUGGUCACUCUCUCCAUGUCGUCUCUGCAGCUUCAAUGUCCUUCCAAGCUUCUCUUCCCUCUCAACCACCCUUACUCCAACUCUCUUAUCCCUUAUUCCACUCCACGACCCCUCCGUCCUCGUUUCCAAACGCUCCGAAUCCUCUCCGCCAAGAGAACCGGCAAGCAGAGAUACCCUUCAGAGAAGAAGAAACUGAAAUUGAGGAAAAAGGAAGCUCUUUCCUCCGACACCAAUAAGUUCGAUGGAAUCUGGAGGCUCUCAAAGCUUUCUGUUCCUGUCCAAAACGACCCCGGAAAAGACUUUCUCCAAAUCCAUAUUGGCUUGCUCCAAGAAAUCGCUAAAGUCAUAAAGUUUCCGGUUGCUUCCAUGUUGCCGGAAGAAGCUUUCUCAGUGGUUCGGAAGUCUUUUGAUGCAAGAAAGAUACUGAAGGUGGCCAAGUUUGUUUAUACUGUGGAUAUGGAUGUUUGUAAGCUGCUGAACCUAGAACCUCGCACGUGGGACUUCAUUAAUCGGCUGGAGCCGAAAGUUGGGCUUAUAGAACAUAUGCCUAGUGAAAAAGUUAGUCGUGAUUUGACCGGUCUAGUACGUCAUAUUAAAGAUAGCAAUGGUACAUUUCCGGGAGAACAGGGGCAUAACAUUGACUCUGGUGAAUCGCGCAAAUGUCCCACGGCUAGAAAACCCAGAAUUGCUGUCGUGGGUAGUGGUUCAUCGGGCUUGUUUGCUUCUCUGGUUCUUGCGGAAUUUGGUGCAGAUGUUACUUUGUUUGAAAGAGGUCAAGCUGUUGAGAGGAGGGGCCGUGACAUUGGCGCUUUAGUGGUUCGCCGGAUUUUAGAAUCAGAUAGCAAUUUUUGCUUUGGGGAGGGUGGUGCAGGUACCUGGAGUGAUGGAAAACUGAUAACUAGAAUUGGAAGAAACAGUGACUGUGUUUUGACGAUCAUGAACACGUUGGUUCAGUUUGGUGCUCCAAAAAGUAUAUUAGUAGAUGGAAAGCCUCACUUGGGAACUGAUAGGCUAGUUCCUUUACUCCGUAACUUCCGCCAACAUCUUCAAUCACUUGGUGUGGAAAUCAAUUUUGGAAUGAGGGUAGAUGAUCUGCUCAUACAGGAUGGGCAUGUUGUGGGUGUGGAAGUCUCUGAUUCAACAACUAAAUUGCAGUCAGAUUGCAAGAAGUUGGGUUUUGAUGCAGUUAUUCUGGCUGUUGGACAUUCUGCACGAGAUAUAUAUCAAAUGCUUCUUUCUCAUAAUGUGGAUUUGGUUCCAAAAGAUUUUGCUGUUGGUUUGCGGGUAGAGCAUCCUCAGGAACUAAUCAACAACAUACAGUAUUCUGCAUUGGCAAAUGAAAUUUGCAGAGGACGUGGGAAGGUACCUGUGGCAGAUUAUAAGGUUGUACAUUAUGUAAAUGACAAGGAUGAGAAUUCACCACUCAAGUCGGAAUCUAUAAGUCGUAGUUGUUAUUCUUUCUGUAUGUGCCCUGGUGGGCAGGUUGUUCUCACUAGUACAAGUCCAUCAGAGAUCUGCAUCAAUGGGAUGUCAUUUUCUCACCGUGCAUCUAAGUGGGCAAAUGCUGCCCUUGUUGUGACCGUUUCGAUGAAAGAUUUUGAUGCAUUGAAUUUCCAUGGACCUCUGGCCGGGAUUGAAUUUCAGAGGGAAUUCGAGAGAAGAGCAGCUAUAAUGGGAGGGGGGAAUUUUACAGUGCCUGUGCAGACCGUAACUGAUUUUAUGGAAAAUAAAAUCUCAGUAACAUCUAUGCCACCUUCGAGCUACCGCCUAGGAGUGAAGGCUGCCGGCCUCCAUGAAUUGUUCCCGAGUUAUAUGACGGAUGCUUUACGCUAUUCUAUUUCAAUGUUCGAUAAAGAGCUGCCUGGAUUCAUUUCAAAGGAGGCUCUUCUUCAUGGAGUUGAGACUAGAACUAGCUCUCCUAUUCAGAUCCUGCGCGACGUUGACACUUACGAGAGCUUGUCACUAAGAGGACUCUACCCGGCUGGCGAAGGAGCAGGUUAUGCUGGUGGGAUUGUAAGUGCAGCAGUCGAUGGCAUGUAUACCGGUUUCUCCGUGGCAAAACGAUUUGAUUUGUUUCACGGCAACGUAGAUUCGGUUCUGGGAAAGGCCCAGAGUGCCGGAGUGGUGAAGUACUAACAAAAGAUCUGUUGCACUUCUUGUCUUCACUGCUCCAUUUUAACCCAACACAUUGACCAUGGAAGAGCAAAUACAGGUCUGUAGCUGCUAAACUCACCCAAGACAUUCUCUGCUUUCUAGUUUCUCUGUCUUCUCCCU